GUCAACCUACUUAGCCUAAGCAUCUGGGCGCAGUAGGACAACUUCCAAAUUAUAGGUAGGCUUCCACUAGCCGGUACUUGCCAGGUACAGGCGCUUAGGUACUUGACAGCUUGUCAGAGCUUCCCAUUUCCCAACACCCUACAUCCUACACAUCCUCCUCUUAUUACUUUCUCCUUAUAAUUCUUCGCCAAUUGCCCGCACCAGGCCGAAGUGAUCAAGCCUCCUUUCAUAUAAUUGCUUCAGGUGGUUGAGAACUCGAUGAUUUUGCUCAGCUGGCUGUAACUCGCCUUGUGUGACACCUUCGACCUUCAACUCCACCCCCAGUUUUCUGGGGGAUCCCUUAAGGAUUCAAGAUGCGCACAUCGAGCCAGCCCUUCUCGAGCUGGCUAGCUUUGUUGUGCGCAUUAGGGGUCCUAUUUUCAUUGUUUACAUCAGGAGUUGCGGUAAAGGAGAACGACUUCAAGAAAUGCCAUCAAUCAGGAUUUUGUAAACGAAACAGAGAUUACGCCGACAAAGCUUUGGCACAGGGAUCGUCAUGGCAGGUACCAUACACAAUUGUUCCUACCGAAGCCUCGUUUAAAGACGGCGUAUUCCAUGCCACCAUCCUCAAAACGAUCGACGAUCAGGGCACCACUGUCGAAUUACCCCUGACUGUUGCUUUCCACAAGUCUGGAACUGCUCGCGUAACCGUCGAUGAGAAACGACGACAGGAGAAGGACAUUGAGCUUCGACACGGCAGCCAGGCGAGGAAGGAACGGUAUAAUGAGGCCGAGAAAUGGGCAAUUGUUGGUGGGAUAACGGUUGAUGUCGAUGCCAAAAUUGUCCAUAAUGGCAACGCCGGUAUUAAGAUCCAGUACGGUCCCAACUUCGCAUUCGAGGCCAGUAUCAGCUACAACCCUUACUCCAUCGAAUUCAAGCGCGAUGGCUCCGCUCAACUCAAACUCAAUGACCGGGGUUUGAUGAAUCUAGAGCAUUGGCGACCCAAGGUGGAGAAGCCAGCCGCCGAGGAUAGGAAGGAGGGCGAAGAAAAUAACGAUGAGAACAAAGAGGAACCUGUUCCGUCAGCAAUUGAGGAUGAGAGCACUUGGUGGGAUGAGUCUUUCGGCGGAAACACUGACUCUAAACCCCGUGGCCCUGAGAGUGUUGCCCUCGACAUAACCUUCUUUGGCUAUGAACAUGUCUAUGGCAUCCCGGAGCAUGCUGGUCCACUGUCACUCAAGGAGACUAGGGGCGGUGACGGGGCUUACGCCGAGCCGUAUAGGCUGUAUAACUCAGAUGUUUUUGAAUACAUCCUAGACAGUCCUAUGACCCUAUACGGAGCUAUUCCUUUAAUGCAGGCUCACAAAAAAGACUCCACCGUUGCAGUAUUUUGGCUCAAUGCAGCAGAGACCUGGAUUGAUAUCACGAAAUCCAAGGGAUCGACGAACCCGCUAGCUCUCGGGAAAGGGGCUAAGACUAACACCGAAACCCAUUGGAUUUCUGAAUCAGGUCUGAUGGAUCUUUUCGUCUUCUUGGGCCCUACGCCUGGGGAAAUAAAUAAAGCUUUUGGAGAGCUUACGGGUACGACUGCGAUGCCUCAGGAGUUCUCCAUAGGGUACCACCAAUGUCGCUGGAAUUACGUAUCCGAUGAUGACGUGAAGGAAGUUGACCGGAAGAUGGAUCGUCAUCAAAUCCCUUAUGAUGUCAUCUGGCUUGACAUUGAAUACACCGAUGAAAAGAAGUAUUUCACGUGGGAUAAAGACAUGUUCAAGGAUCCGAUAUCGAUGGGACAGCAGCUAGAUGCCCACGGGAGAAAAUUGGUCGUCAUCAUUGACCCUCAUAUCAAGAACACGGGUAGCUAUUCCGUGGUUGACGAACUCAAAGCAAACGGCCUGGCCGUCAAGAAUAAGGAGGGCAAGGACUUUGAUGGCUGGUGUUGGCCUGGCUCGUCUAUGUGGGUCGACUGCUUCAAUCCAUCUGCUAUCAAAUGGUGGAAAUCUCUAUUUAAAUAUGACAAGUUCAAGGGGACCAUGGAAAACACAUGGCUAUGGAAUGACAUGAACGAGCCAUCAGUGUUCAAUGGCCCGGAGGUGACAAUGCCUAAAGACAAUCUACACUUUGGUUCUUGGGAACACCGGGACGUUCACAACAUCAACGGUAUGACGUUUCACAAUGCCACCUAUGAAGCUCUUGUGUCCCGUAAGAAGGGAGAACUUCGUCGCCCGUUUGCUCUCACUCGGUCCUUCUACGCAGGUUCACAGCGCGUGGGCGCUAUGUGGACUGGUGAUAAUCAAGCAAACUGGGAACACUUAGGAGCCUCGAUCCCUAUGAUUUUAAACCAGGGCGUAUCAGGAUUCCCCUUUGCUGGAGCUGAUGUAGGCGGAUUUUUCGGCAACCCUGAAGCCGAGUUACAGAGUCGUUGGUACCAGGCCGGUGCUUUCUAUCCAUUUUUCCGCGGUCAUGCGCACAUUGAUGCCAGACGCCGAGAGCCUUACCUGCUUCCAGAGCCGUAUCGAGCUAUUGUCACGUCAGCGCUUCGUCUUCGUUAUAGCUUGAUACCAUCUUGGUAUACUGCCUUCCAUCAAGCACAUCAGGAUGGCAGUCCGAUCAUACGACCAAUGUACUGGACGCAUCCUAACAACGAAGGCAGUUUUGGCGUUGACAACCAGUUCUUUGUAGGUUCAACUGGAAUCCUUGUUAAGCCUGUGGUUGAGAAGGGUAAGAUCACCGAAGACAUUUAUAUCCCGGAUGACGAGGUCUAUUAUAACUACUUCUCGUACCAAAAGCUACCCACAGCGAAGGGGAAGACGCUUACGAUAGAUGCUCCUAUCGAGAGCAUCCCUGUCUUGAUGCAGGGUGGUCACAUAUUCCCUCGUCGAGACAUUCCUCGUCGUUCUGUUCAACUGAUGAGAUUUGACGAUUACACGCUAGUGGUGGCAGUUGGCAAGGACGGCACAGCUGAGGGUCAACUAUACAUUGACGACGGUGAUUCAUUCGAUUAUCAAAAAGGUCAAUACAUCCAUCGUACUUUCAAGUUGGAGGGGUCUAGAAUUACCUCGACUGAAAUCGAUGGCCGUGAUACGGAUAGCGUAAAAGAGGGCGACUGGCUGAAGAAUAUGCACGAUGUCGCCGUCGACAAGAUUAUUAUAGUUGGCGCCCCUUCGUCUUGGGCCAACAAAAAGGAGGUGCAACUAGAAACUGAAGGAAAACAGUCUACAGUGAAUUUGGAGUACUUCAAAGGCGAUGCCACCCGAGGUGCCUUUGCCAUUAUUGGACGCGUUGGAGCCAGAGUUGGGGCCGAUUGGACCAUCGACCUAGCUUAGAUGAGAUAACACAGCAGUUUUGCAGGCGAACAUGAUUUAGAGCUGAUGGCAUUGUCGUAUAUUGGUGAUUCAUAUUGUGUCUGGAAAAGCGAUUGAUAGAUGUGCAUAGAAUGAACAGAAGCUUGUCCGAAAUCUAGCAUCUCCAUGGCUCGAUUACGAAUUAAAUGAGACCGGCUAAACGAUUCAAUUACCAGCUCUGAAUAGGAUCAAGCUGCUAAC